CAGGUGGUGGCGGUAAUGCGCCCUUCUGCUGUUUCCCAAAAGCCCAAAACUACACAAGAAGAAGAAGUUGCGUUGCCUUCAAACAUGUUGCUCUGCGUCGUUGCAGGCGCAGUCUCCUUUUAUUUGCUCAUUUAUUACGGAGUUUUCAGAGUCCAAAGAUGCACAAGUUCAGUGAGGCUGAAAGGGAAGACGGUGAUCGUCACAGGGAGCAACACUGGCAUUGGAAAGUCCACAGCUCUGGCUCUGGCUAGAAGAGGAGCCAGGGUGAUCCUGGCCUGUCGCAGCAAAGAAAGAGGCACGGCUGCUGCCUUUGACAUCCGCAAAGAAAGUGGAAACAACCAAGUGGUUUUCAUGCCCCUGGAUCUAGCGGAUUUCCGAUCUGUUCACAGUUUUGCAGAAACCUUUCUGGAAACUGAACCUAGACUGGACAUCCUCAUUAACAAUGCAGGCAUAAUGGGUCCGGGGCGCACUGUGGACGGCUUUGGCAUGGCGUUCGGAGUAAACCACCUGGGUCACUUUCUGCUGACCAACCUCCUCUUGGAGCGACUGAAGCAGUGUGGUCCCAGCAGAGUUGUCACAGUGUCUGCUCUCCUUCACCACCUUGGACGUAUUGACUUUGCUUUACUGGGGUCCACAAAAGAUUUGGUGUCUGGUCAGUCCACUUGGCAAAACUUUCAAGCUUACUGUAACAGUAAACUCUGCAAUGUACUUUUUACCAGGGAGCUGGCAAAUCACCUUGAGGGAACUGGUGUCACCUGCUUUACAUUGCACCCAGGAGUGGUUUACACAGAGCUGUGUCGGAAUAUGAGCUGGUGGCAGCAGCUGCUUUUGAUCCCCGUUGCCAAGCUCUUUUUUCUGGAUACUGAUGGAGGCUCUCAGACAACCCUGCACUGUUCCCUUCAGGAGGGCAUAGAGUCUUUCAGUGGAAGAUAUUUCUCCAACUGCAGGGUGCAGAACAUGGGAGUCAAGGGACGUGACGAUUCUCUGGCCCAGAAGCUGUGGGAAGUGAGUGAAAGGUUGACAGGCUUUCACACCAGAGUGAGCCAACAUGCAGAAAGGGCUUAAAAACUCAAAGCUGUCAUCAGGCUUCUUUUGAGAUUCAUUUUCUUUGUUGAGUAACUUUUCUAAAUUUCUAGGUUUAUUGUGGGAAUUUGUGUAGAAAGUUCUUUGCAAAGAAAUGCGAAAAAAAACCUCUGCUGGUUCAAACGUACCUUAACCCGUUCUCAAAGGAAUCUUUUCUGUCACAAAUUCCAGCUGUGCAUGAGGGAAGCCAUUGAAGAGACUUCAGAUUGGCAGCUGUUUCAGUUGCAUCUGUGGCAAAUUUAUUAAUUAUUUUUGUCUUGCAUUAUCAAUCUGUGUUUAUUAACUUAUUUCAUGUAUAUGAUACAUAUAUUACUGUUUUUUUAUUUUGUUAAAUGUGACUAAAAUGAUGAAAGUUGCCACAAAUCUCCCCUACAGUGAUGUACUGUUAAAAACCAAAUUGAUCACAUUUUCUGUUCUUAUCAGUCCUCCUCAUACUUGAAAAAUUAUAAAGUGCCAUUCGUUUUUAGUUUUUGUAAUAAAGCUUUUUUUAGAGGAGUCCCUUCAUUUGUUUGUCAUGUGAUUGAAGCUUUGUGAGAUCUGCGACAUGUUUUCUUGUAAACUGUUACUUGAUGUGCGCUUUCACGUCAUACAAAAACAGGACAUAGUGCUCUUGUGGCUUGCCUUUUUUGUCCUCAUUCUAAAACUGCGUUCACACUAAAUGUGAUUCUUGCUUCUGGCUGGCCAGUUUCAAUGUGAAGUCAAUGGUACAGAUGUGAUCUGAGGUCCUCCGUCGCGAUUUAAGCGUCAGGCGCGGCGGUUCAGCAGCAGCACAAUUUGACUGGCGUGGAAAUAUCUGAACAUUGGCUAGAACGCUGCGUCGCUUCUACCAAUCAGGGACUCAUCUAUGGACCUGUGAUGUGAUUGGUGACGCCACCAGCUCAUUGGAUCGGCCACGCCAACCCCGGGAGGCUGGCUAACAGGCAAAGACGGGAGCAGCAGGAGUAUUGGGGAGACAGCCUGCUCAGGUCUCCUGAACGUAAUUAUAUUUUUCUUAUUUUCAUUGAGGCAAUAACAAAAAAAAAAAA